AUGUUCAAUACAAGUUUUUCGUUUGGAUCAUCGCCCAUCGAACCUCAAUUACCCCUAGAAAUUGAAGAGUGUACCUCAUCCGACAUCUCUCCGUUUACCUCACGAUGUCCUACGCCGCGCGAGGAACGGAGAGCUUCUUCUCAGCGAGACAUCCGCUUCAAUUCGUACUUCUAUACCGCCACGCCUCGACAUCCUUCCGUUACAGCACUUACUGCACAGUUACAAUCGCACGCCCUCAAUGACUCCGAGAUGCAGUCACCGUCAUCGUCACCCAGCGAGCCCUGUUCACCUACCUAUUCUGCGAGCGCAGCAGACGUAGACGAAGGAUUUUAUGAUGGGCCAGAUACUCCCGCGACCACGGCAUCCGAUGACUUUGAGUCGACCGAAGUUGAUCCUACGUUAUGGGAUUUGAGCAUGUCGGACGCAAUAACAGCUACAUCGUCUCCGCGACCUUCGCUGUCCCUUGAAGCACAGGCUCUGUCUUCAUACACGAUGCGACGAAGGCAACGACAAGCAUUGAAUGCCAUCCAAGUUCCCUACCUCUUGGAAACGAGUCGGGGAGAAUCUUCAAAGGCAGAAGCGAUUCAAUUGGCGGGUCUUCAGGCUUGGGCCCAGCUGAAAGCAUGA